UGUUUCUGUCUCCCUGUUUUAGUGUUUGUUAUGGUUGGAGAAAAAUCUAACCUCUAAUCGAGUCAUGCCGGCCGAGGUAGUCAGUUCCUUUCUACUCAAUUAAUUUGCACGUUGUUCUGUUUUGCAUGAUUACGUUCAUUUUAGCUUGUCAGUGUUAGAUCGAAGUAUCUUUUCGUGCACAUGAAUAAUCUACGACUUUUCCGAACUCAACAUCCUCUAGACCUGUUGCAAAUCAUUACGCACCUGCUUUUCAUCAACAUGUACUUACCUAUCCCUGUCUUGAUUGUCACAGAAAGUAAGUACUUACUUACCCCAGUUCACAAUAAUGGAUCAGUUCAUUUCCCAAGUUUCAACUGUAUAUUUAACAGAGAUUGCUCAAGCCAAAAUUUGAUAUUUUCCUCACAAGUCUCAUCAUCUGCUCAAUAAUGAUGGAACGAACGGAGUCGGAGGAAUGCAACCUACAGCAAAUCAGUGAUUCGACAGUACAACUCGGGGUUGCGUCCGUUCUACCGUGGAUGUUCCCUACUUCUUACGCUGGACCCGCAAUUGUUUCGUUUCUUAUCUCGCUCCGCAUCCUUUGUCCUGCGCACUAUGAUCCACAAAUCCCGCCUCCCACGGGUGAUAGGAGCUUUUUGAACGUUUUGACCGUGAACGAGUAAAAUAUCUAAAUCAAGUGCAUGCGGUCGCAGUCUACGGAUUCCGCAGAAAAAACCUCGUGUUCGAAAACGGUGUCGUGGAAGUCAAGAUCAAAUGCACCAGACGACAAGGCCAUUCAUCCUUUAGAAAUAUAAAAAUCCGGAACCAACUGCUAUUUAUCACAGCAUAUUGAACAUCAGCAUUUUGCUUCAUGAAACUGCAAGAACUGAAUGCCAGAGGUCAAUCUUCUGUAUCUACUGUGUCAUCUACUCGUCUGAUCAGAGCUCGCUCCAAGUCAAUCAACUUCGUAUCGACCAAAUAUGAGAGUCUUGACUAUGACAUUUGCGAAAAUAUGCUGGUGGUGGAUGAAGAACGCUCAAAAGGCUACAAUUACAUCAUGCAGAUCAAUAUCAUCCGAUAUAUACUGUUUCUGGUCAUCGGACUGUUAGUGGGUCUCAUCACCCUUUUCAUAGACUUUUCAAUUCAAUUCCUCACCCAACCAAAAUAUCGUAUCCUUCAUGUCUUGACUGAUGAAUGCCAUGAACACUGUUAUAUAUAUCUAUAUGUUGUCUGGUGUCUACUGGUAAUGGUUCCCACUGCUAUUGGUUCAUUCCUUGCAAUCUAUGUUGAAUCCGAGUCCUCAGGAAGCGGAGUUCCAGCAGUACUAUGCUACUUGAAUGGUGUUUCAAUGCCACGUAUGAUGACGUUGAAGACUCUUGUAUGCAAAGUUGCAGGCGUAAUCUGUGCUGUCGUGGCUGGCCUUGGUGCAGGAAAGGAGGGACCUCUGAUUCAUAUCGGCACAAUAAUAGGUGGCUUGAUCCCUUCAAUGAACAUUCCAAACCGAAAAAUAAGCAGUUACAUGAAUUAUUUCCAGAAUGAUAAAGAGAGACGGGACUUUUCUGCUGGGGGAGCAGCUGCUGGUGUAGCUGCUGCAUUUGGUGCACCUAUUGGUGGCGUCCUCAUGAGCUUAGAAGAGGGUACAAGUUUUUGGAGCGUUUUACUCAUGUGGAGAAUAUUUAUCUGCGGUAUCAUCUCUGCCUUUUUUUUUAAUUUUUUCCUGAGCUGGCAUCACGGACACUCUGGGAAAAUGGCUUACGAUGAAUUAUUUUUUUUUGGUAAAUUUUCGGAUGCUGAGUUAAGGUACGAGGUAUUUGAGCUUCCACUCUUUAUUUUGAUGGGUGCCAUUGGUGGAUUGAUCGGUGCUCUUUGUGUUGAACUAAACAUGUGGCUCACCGUCUUUCGAUCAAGGUUUAUUAAGAAGAAAUGGCAAAAGUUUUUAGAAGCUAUGAUGGUGGCUUUUAUCACAGUUAAUUUUGGAGUGUUUUCAAUUUAUGCCAUGUCAAAUGUCUGUUUGCCAGUCAACUAUAGACCAGACAAUGCUGUCCAGGUCAACUGCAAAGAAAAUGAAGUCAAUAUUCAGUCCUAUUUUUGGUUUCAAAUUCAAGAAAAUAUGCUGAAACACUUACUUCAUAGUCCCAUUGCUGUCUUUCAAGCAGUGCCCCUCUUGGUACACCUCUUACUUUAUUCCAUAAUGAUCCUUCUAACGACUGGACUGAGUAUAUCAGCCGGACUUUUCAUUCCAAACCUCAUUGUUGGUGCUCUGUGGGGCCGGCUCUUCUGCAUUGGUCUUAAAUAUCUCUUUCCACAUGCUGAUUGGAUUAUCCCAGGAAAAUAUGCCUUGGUCGGAGCAGCUGUGCAGUUGGCAGGAAUGGUCCGCUGCACCAUUAGUCUGAGUGUCGUAGUCAUUGAGGCAACUGGCAAUAUAACAUUUGCUCUUCCUGUCAUGUUUGCACUAGCCACCACUAAAUGGAUCGGAGACUUUAUUUCAGAAGGUGUUUACGAAAUGCAGAUAAACUUAAGAGGUUUACCAAUUCUUCCAACAGACCCUCCCCCUUUGACCAGUAAUAUCACUGCUGAGGAAAUCAUGAGCACCUCUGUUGUUACCAUCCCUACAUGUGUUGUUGUUGCUGAAGUUCUUGCAAAAUUAAAAAAUACAAAUUUUCAUUGUUUUCCUGUUGUCGGUCAGUCGACUCUUGUCAAUACUCAGGAUCCUGAUUUUCUCAUCCCAUAUGGUCAACUGGAGGGAUUAAUUCUUCGAUCGCAGCUCAUUGUCCUUCUCAUGAACAAAGCAUUUGAAGAAUCACACCCAGCAGACUUUGAGACCAGACUGAACAUGUUUCGAAAAGCGUACGCUUGUCAGCAAGUGGAUGUUGAGUCCCUAGAGUUAACAACUGCAGAGAAAGAGAUGGUGUUAGACUUGAGAGCUUACAUGAAUCCUUCGCCUUAUUCUGUACGUGCUGUUACUUCACUUCCGAGAAUUUUCCGACUUUUCCGUAGUCUGGGCCUUCGACACAUCAUAGUUGUCAACAAUGUCAAUCAGGUGGUAGGUAUCGUAACGCGCAAAGAUCUUGCUCGUUUCCGACUGUGGGUGCAUCGAGGCAACAUGAGGCUUAAAGAGCUCCGUGUACAUUCCUGACCUCCCAUAACUCACUUUUUAAAUGAAUUUUGCAAUGUCGGUAGGAAUGGUGCUUACUUUACCUAAUUUGCAGCUCUGGCUGAUUAAGAAAUAUUUGCAGAUUACUUCACUUGAAAAUUGUUUUCCUUUUUCUGUUAGCUCUAAUACUUUCUUCCUACUUGGUUUUUGUGUACAUGAAAUAAGACUCAUGAGUAAAAUAAUCUGAUGGCUUUUUUUGAUUCGCACAUAAGUUAAUUUAUUACGUUUAGAUGCAGGAGAUAACAAGCAGUGGAGGGAAAUGGUUUUAUUGAUUGAUAUACAGAGAUGGAACUCUGUUUCAAACGUUUCACCAAAUGCUACCAUUUCUUCCAAUUUUCCAAACUUCUGUGGGUAGUGCAUAUCGACAGUGAAACUACCAGACCACGAAUCUCAUUCCCUCAAGGUGUUAUAAAUUCUCUGCUUCUAAUUUAUUUUUUCGACGGAGAACAAAUCAAUUACGUUCCUUGAAGGUUUCACAAGAGUUUUCCUCGCACAGAGAAGAAAAAUAACAGAAGAUUCCAAGAAUUGAUGAUAAAAAUUAAAAAAAUAAAGUAUGACAAGAAGUCUACAAAGUCACAGACCGAGAUAUAUGGUCUGGUGGUUUUAAUGUCGACAUGUGUUGAGGAACAUGAGUUCAGGAAGAUGAACCUAUACAAAACAAUUAUUUUCUCUUCCAUGGUUGAUCUUUAUUAGAACUUAAAUUCUGAGACUGAAUCAGCCUGAGGCUUGAAAUAACAAGGUUUCACAAGCAUGCUACCACCAGACUUGUUUUCUGUAUUGAAUGAAAUUUUUCAAUAAUGAUAGAAAUACAAGGAAUGAAACAGUAAGACUCCAGAGGACUAUGACAAAUAUUUGAAUAUUAAGAAGUUGAACGUACAAGUUGGUAUAGUUUAAAUGCAAUCUUCAUUUAAAUGAACUAGAGUUGAUGAUGGAUAAAUUUUCUUCUUCAGCUACAUCUGAGUCCAUCCUUUUCAAGGCAGAGUAUCACAAGGGCAAUUGGUGACAAAAUACAAAGUAGCAAUGCAACAUGAAAUUAUACGAUUAUAGGACUACCUUCACUUGAAGGUGAUCCAGAAAAAUUUAGUGCAUUUUUCCCAAAA